CACCCACACCAUACAGUCGCAGAAAAAAGAGACUUCUGGGUUCAAAUCAAAACUCACUCAAAUUCGAUCACAACACUUUCUUUUUUUCUUUAAGCAAAAAUGCAAAAUGUGUUCGAACGCCGAGUUGCAGGCUUUUCCACAGCCGUCUUUUACCAUUAUUACCACUAUCAUUAUUACCAUGCACAAAGGUUGGUGUCUUGAUCAGACCACAUAUACCAAAUCUCUCUCUAUCUCCACGCACAUUCUGUGAUAAUAAUCAAUCUUUUUUAUCCCCAUUAUCACUCCUUAAUUCCCCAUUAAUCCUCCACCUGCAUUCUACAAACCCCAUCUGCCAUGAAUGCUCCUUUUACAGUUUCCUUUGUUUUUCUUUGCCUUUUUCUCUUCUGGGUCUUAAUUAUCCUUGUCAGAUUAUGUAAUUACUGCCUCUGCCACAAUAACUUUUCGUAUGCUAUAGCAUUCACACCUAACAUUUACUUGCUCGCUUCUUCUUUGUCUCUUACUAUUUGCUACUAGUGGUUGCUUUAUUACUUCUUCUAGUACUCCUUGCUUGCUCUCAUUUUCAUCUCUCUUUCUUUUCAGUUUUAUUUUUUUCUUCUGGUCUUGUCUUCAAGAGAAUAAAAAUGGCUGAAACUUGUAGAGUGUUAGCUGCUGCUGCUUCUAAGUCGCGUUGUUCUACCUCUGUUCCGUCGUUGCCGCCUCCUUUUCCAAAGUCUCCGCCGGAGUACCCGGAUUUGUAUGGCAAGCGAAAGGAAAUUGUUAAAGUACAGAUGCUUGAUAGAGAAAUCGGUUUUCUUGAGGAGGAACUAAAAUCUGUUGACAGCCUCCAGCCUGCAUCCAGAUGCUGCAAAGAGUAUGUUGGCUUUUGCAUUUGCCUUUGCUUUGCAAAGCUUCUAAUCCAUCAAAACAUUGUGGUCACUGACUAUGUUGUUGCAAAUCCAGAUCCCUUAAUACCAACAAACCGAAAGAAUCGAAGGUCUUGUCGAUUCUGGAAGUGGCUAUGUGGAAUACCAUGUUUUAAUUUCUCAUGGAUUUGUUGUUGCUGCUAUACGGGAUGCUCGUUCCACAUACACUUGCCUCGCUGCUGUGACUGCAACUGUGAUUGUGACCCAUGUGGCCUUUGUAACUGCUGUUCAUGUACUCGUUGUCCAGCACCCAAGUGUCACUGUUGCUCUUGCAGUAGCUGUUUCCCUUGCCAUUGCCAUUGCCCUUGCUCUUGCUCCUGCCCUAAAUCCAGUUGUUGUAGAAACAUUUCAUGCUGCAGUAACUGCUGCACAUGUCGAUUUCCUUCAUGCCCAGAUUGCUCUUGCUGCAGAUUUUCAUGCCCAGAUUGCUCUUGUUGCAGAUGUUCAUGCCCAGAUUGCAGCAACUGCAGUUGCUGCACAUGGUUCUGCUGUUGUCCUAGGUGGAGCUGCUCGGCUCCUAGAUGUCCCAAAGGCCCCAAGUGUCCAGAGGUACGUCUUUGUUCCAAUUGUACAAAAAACUGUUGUAAUCCAUGUUGUCUAUUCUUUUAGCACAUUAAUAUGCAGUAUGAGCAAAGCUUUUUCUCCAUUAAUACAGUUCAAUUUC